AUGACAGGCCGCUACGAUGGACGCCCGGAGCGUCAGAAUGAGUACUUUAUCCCAGGUGACGGGAUCAGUCGAGAAGUGAUUCAAGCAGAUAUCUGUCGCUACCUUGGAAACGAUGCCCUCGUGAGACCUGGCAACCAUAAUGGUCGCCAAGGGUUCUUCAUCCGUGCUUAUCGGAAUCUCACCUCUGAGAUGAUUGCUGAUCUGAAGGCCGACUCCGCCCGCUGGGAGGCGGACGUAUCGCGUCGGGCUGACCAAGGCUAUCCGCGAGGUAGUUACACGCAAGACAUGAACGUAACUCAUGCACCUCCUAACACCCUUCCAGCAACUUAUACCGGGUCGACGAUCCAUGAUGGUCGCCAACCGCAACAACCGGGGCCCUCGCCUCCCACAUAUGGCGCGGCGCCUGCUCAGCCCUACAUGGAUCCCUAUACCCAAAGUCCCUACAGUGGAAACCAGAAUGCUCCUCCUCAAUACUCCAAUGCUCCUUCUUCAUACCCUUCCACCCACUCGCCAUACGGACAAGGCCAGAACCCCUAUCCUCCACCACAGGUCUCCUAUUCUGGACCCAGCCAACCCGUGGUGACCGCCGCGGAGAUGCACUCUUCCUACACCUAUACCCCCACCGGCUACAACUACGAGGGUAACCGAAACACUGCUCCCAGGUACCCGGGCCCGGGCCCGGGCUACGAGGCCGAGGCAGACUAUUCCUCCCCCGUGACAUCUGGCAUUCCGUAUCCUACCACAUCUGCCCCGGAUCCCCGGAUAGGAAUGGAACCCAGAUACACGCCAGAAUACGAUCGCACCAGUAGGCCACAGGCUGCCAGGGAAAGAGAACCGCAUCGCCGGCGGUGA